AUGGCAAAUAAUCAAAAUCCUAAUAUUGGUUUAAACAAUGUGGCAAAUAAUUUGAACCAACUGGUUCAACAGUUAAUGGCAAAUGCUAAUCAACCCCCAAGUGAAUUACAUCUGGUCAGUUAUCCUGAUUUCUAUGGUGGAGAGCAGGAUCCUAUAACUUGGAUGGAGGAAGUGGAACAAGCAUUUGAGGCAAAUAGGGUGCCUGAUGCAAGGAAAAUUCCAAUUAUUGUUCCUCAUCUAAAAGGGUCUGCUGCUACCUGGUGGAUAAACAGGAGGGUUCAAAAUCCAGCUGUUAAUAGGUGGGAUGAUCCAAUGGCACAACCACUCAGCUUUAAAUCAAAUUUUCUUAGGCAAUUUAGGACUGUAUCUUUGGAAGGAAAAUGGUUUUCACAACUUACUCAAAGGAAACAAGGACCUACUGAAACAGUUGAACAAUUUUAUCUGAUUAUUGAGGAUUUAUUUAGGAAGGUUAUAACAGGAGGAAAUUAUUUUCCUGAAGUGGCAAAAGCUCAUAUCUUUCUUAAUGGAUUGAGACCUGAAUUAAAUAGGGCAGUCACUCCAUUUAUGCCAAACACUUUAUAUGAAGCAUAUACAAGGGCCAAAGCAUUUGAAUAUUCAUAUCUUCAAAAUCCUUAUGGUAAUGACAUAAAUUCACAGUCAACUUCUAAUCAAAUAUUGACACAGCUGACUGAAGCUGUCAAUAACAUGUCUGAACAACUCAAACCAAGGAAGCCAAGGAAUUUUAAAAAUAAUAAUUACAACAACAACAAUAAUGGCAACAAACCUCAAAUAAUUUGUUUCAAAUGUAAUCAACCAGGACAUGUUAAAACUAAUUGUCCUCUGAAUCAACAAAACAAUAAU